GAUCACUUCCGGUGCUGUUGAAAAGGAUCCAAAGCACUGGAAUCGGAUUUUUGAAUGACAGCAAUGUUCCAUUUACUACAAAUUCGUGACAGAUGAUCAAAAGUCAACAAUUUUAUGACAUUUGCAUUCGUCUUGCCACAAUGUCAUUGUACAUCUAGUUAAAAAAGAAACAAUGGACAGACAGUUGCAAGCACAUUAUACUGCCACCCUCAGCCAUAGCUUUAGUAUGCCUAGCUUGGCUGAGGGCAGUGAACCAAUAUCUGAAGUGGAGGAAAUUAAUGAGAUUAAAUCACUUCGGGAAAUGGGAGACCAAGCCAUGCAAUUACAAGACUUUACUGUAGCCGUAAAACGUUACAAUGAAGCUUUGGAAAUUGAUGAUAAAAACAUGGAGGUUUUAUUUGCAAGGACAAAAGCUUUUCUGGACAUGGGAGAUAACUCUAUGGCAUUAAAAGAUGCAGAGAAUUCUAUAAACAUAGAACCUGACAACCCAGAGGCAUACAGACUUUAUGGCUUGACUUUAUGCCAAGUUCACAAUUACAGAGACGCUGUCUUUGCAUUUUUGACUGCCCUUGACCUUGACCCUGACAAUGCUGAUGACCUGACAGACCACAUUGCAGAAGUUGCUGAACAUAUAUGCCAUAUUCCAAAAGAUGUUUUAGAGAAACUAGAAGAAAUGGACUCUUAUAAAAAGUUAAGUGAAAUUGGUGUACAUCUUUUCCAAGCAAAACGAUAUGACUUCUGUAUAACGAUUUUGGAAGCAGCUCAGAAGUUUCAAACAAAUCAGAAAGGCAUAACUAUGAGAAUAUUAUUAACUUUAGCCAAUGCUCACUCUGCUUGUAAACACAAUGAACAGGCCAUUUCUAUAUACCAGGAAUGUCUGUCCACGGCAAUUGCCACUCACGAACAGAUUUACCAGACAAAGUCGCUGGUUAACAUUGCAACUCUUUAUCUGGAAAACAGAGACACUCAUCAGGCUAUUGUAUUCUAUGAAAAAUUAUUACAAUUAGAGGCGGAGCUUGAAGAGGAGGCAGGAUCACAGAGGGAACUCCCAGAUUUCUGGACAAAAGAACUUCAGUGUGGUUUGCGCCUCAAUCUAAGUAUUGCUUACAAAACAAUCGGACAGAUGCAUCAUGCAGAACAUCAUGCCAGGAAGUAUAUAUCCUUGUUAGAACAAUUUAAACUUGAAGGUCGAAUAAAAUCUGAGUCGUACCACAAUACAGGCAUGUUGAAUGAAAUCCUUGGAAACUAUGACGAAGCUUUGAAAAACUAUAAUUUGUAUUUACAAUCUUCUAAACGAAAUAAAGAUCGAAAAGGCAUGGCCCAGGCUUAUGGAUGUUUAGGUAGUGUUUAUGCUGCAUUGAGGAACUGGAAGCUGUGUAUAACAUAUCAUGAACAGUAUAUAUCCAUGGCAAAGCGUUUUAAAGACACUAAGAUGACUGUAAUGGCAUGUGAGAUGUUAGCUGACACAUACCUCAUGAAGGAAGAUUAUGAAAAGGCCAUUGAAGUGUAUGAUCAAAUGCUGAAUGCUGCCAUUCGAACAGACUACAGAAGCAGGGCCACAGCUUUAUGUAAAACUGGCAACGUUUACAGAGAGAUGAAAAGAUAUCAGCAUAGUUUAUUUUUCUAUGAACAAGCAUAUGAUCUUGCUGAUGAUAUGGAAUAUUAUGAUAUACUUAAAAUCUGUCAGUAUAACAUAGCCUGUAUCCAACAACAUUCCACACAGCUUAAGGAUAUCGAACAAGCUCGGCAAUAUUUUGAAUCACUGAUUCCUUUUUAUGAGACAAAGAUAAAAGAACAUCGUGAUGAAGAUACUUAUUGUCCACCUGACUAUGAAAAACAAUUGACUGAAUGCUAUGAUGGGAUGCAAUGUGUUUUGAGCAAGCUUGGUAACAAGAAUGAAUGUUUACAGUUUGCUGAAGCUUAUCGUAGAAGAUACAUUACAAAGAUGCCUGGAUAUGUAGGAUCCCAGAUUGGUCCACAUUUAGAUUCAGUAGAACAUAUUACCAGGAUUGUUCACCAACAGAAUGCCAAUGUUCUAUAUUAUUCCUUACUACCCAGUAGACUGUUGAUAUGGGUUUUACUUCCUGGUCAAGGAGUUGUCAGAUUCUAUUCUGGGAGAGCAGAAGAGGAUGAGGGCAUGAUAGAACAGGUCCAAACUUUAUUGAAAGAGAUCAGAGGCAAUGCUGACUGGAAAAAUUUGCAAACAACUUGUGAAAAUCGAGCAAUUCCAUUGAGUGAAGAAAGACUCAAUUUAAAGAGACACAAAAAUUUGAUGCUAGCUCAAAGAAAGUCUGAAGACCACAAAGACAACAACAACAAUAAUAAUGAGAAUACUUCUAGUAAAUCUCCAUGUCAUAAACUCUUUAACUUGCUCAUAGCACCUGUUGAGGAUAUUUUGAUGAAGUUGGACAAGGGAAAUAACUUAGUAAUUAUACCAGACAAAGAUUUAUUUCAUUGCCCAUUUACCAUCUUGCAGGAUUGGAGUUCAAAUUAUUUGUCUACUAGACAUCAUAUAACCAUCUUACCUAGCAUAUUAAUGUUGGAAAAAUGUGUGAAUAACGAACUUAAUUAUUUAAAGAGUCAAGAUGAACUAGACUUCUUGAGAUCUCAGACAAGAAAAGGUGGCUUGAAUAAAUAUUUGACCAAAACCAUUUUGUCGAAUGCUACCACUCCGGCAGAUGAUGCUGAAUCAUCUGUAUCCUUUAUGUUAGAUCUACGUAAGGUGUCAAACCCACGGUUAGUCACCACACAAUUGUCUCUCAAGUCUGAACUUGAAGAAAAAAUGGACCCGUCAAAAGAAAACACUCAGUUAUCAUUGGAGGGUAACAGAAUGUCCCCUCGAUCUCCUAGUCAGAAUUUACCACAAAUUCCAGAAAGAUCUGCUUUGAAGGCCGCAGAUUUCUUAUCCCGUGUUGGAAGUCCAACAUCACUCGAAGCUUUACUGAGUCUACAUAGCUACUCUACACUAACAACUUGCACCUCUACAGGAACAGACAUAACAUCGUCUUCUAGUGCUGUUACAGAAUUUCAUCAAAUCAGUGACAGGGAGAGAUGUCUGGUGAUAGGGAAUCCCCAACUUCCUGAAAGCGCAAUAUUGCAUGGUAGCACGUGGAAGCCAUCAUGUAUCAGUCUUCCAGCAGCCAAGAGAGAGUUGUCAGCUGUAGGAUCCUGGUUAGAUGUUUCUCCUAUAACAGGUUCACAAGCUACCAAGGAGGCUUUCCUGAAAGAAAUACAGAAUUCAACAGUCAUACAUAUAGCAACAUUUGGUUGUUGGAGAGAAGGAUUUCUGGCAUUUACACCUAACCCAAUCAGACAAGAGUCAGGUCCUCCUCAGCAAUACUCAUAUAUUGUCACAUCCAGUGAUAUCUUAGCCUGUAAACUUAAUGCUCAGCUUGUUGUGUUAAAUGUUGGAUACAACUCAAACAGGACAGAAGAAACUAUUGAACAGGGAUACAGUUUACCGUCUGCUUUCCUAGCUGCAGGAGCCCAAUGUGUACUUGCAUGUUCAUGGUUGACACCAAAUAUUGCUAGGGAGAAGUUUUUCUAUAGAUUUUACACAGAAUUACAAGAAGGGUGUUUGGUAACAGAGGCUAUGUACACAGGCAUGCGAUUCCUCCAAAGUGAUGAAAGAUAUUCCGAUAUACAAACAUGGUGUCCAUUCAUGCUGAUAGGUAAAAAUGUUGCUAUUAACCUUAAACAGAUACGACAUGCAAUGUUAGACCAGAAACUUGACCAAACAGAAAAAAUGGUGGAGGAAAAAAGCGGAAAAGAAUUCUUGAACCCUAAAACAUUUAUACCAUCAGUGCCUACCAGGGAAGACAACUUAGCAAAUGUACAGAGAAUUCUGGGAGAAAUAUUACAAGACCACAAAUACCAUCCAAUGGUUGUUUCUGACUUAAUAGAUUUGUUGGAUAGUGCACUGAAAAGACUACACACCCAGGAUAACAAUCGACAGAUAAGUUUAGUGACGGACAACCUCCUACACAGUAGAUCUGGUCUUGACUUACUUAAAUUGCUGGGAUUUCAUUUCCAAGCAAAAGCUGAAGAUAUUAUGCAACCAUAUGUGGUUUAUCCACAUUGGAAUAAAGAUGAUCUGCUGAUCCCAGUUUAUGAUGCUCUUAGAUCUAUUAUAGAUAUAUCAGAAGACAAAGACUGCACACAGGCUUUACAUGACAUACUGCCUGCACCACAGGAACAAAUAUCACUCUUUGUUGACUUGCUUGCCAUUACAAAGCAUGCACCAGAGAUACAACUGAAAGUGUCUGACUUGUCUGUUCGACCAUUAUGGCAAAAUGUCAAAGCCAGGAAAGUGUUGAUGAAUUCUGGUUUUCAUCAGAUUGGUAUGAUCCUCAACUUCAACAGGACUCCAUUAUACAGACGACUCAUGACAUCAGUUCUACAGUUUUUCCUGGCUGUAAGCGCACACAAGAGUCAAGUGCUAUUGUAUAGAUUAGAUGUCAACUUAUUAGGAAAGCCAAGUAUUUCUAAGAGUUCUCAGUUUAUAGAAGCUGGAAAAUUGCCAUCACUGACACCAUUGAUUCUCCCAAGAAAUCAGUUGAGAAUGAGCACACCUUGGUUGAGUCGAGCAGAAAGAACCGAGGAAAUGGAUGAAAAAAUCAAGUUGGCCAGGAGUAAAUCAGACCUGAAAGAGAAGUACCACAACUUUGUUGACAGAGCCAAGACCUGGCACCAGAUCACUGUGUCAGCUCAGACAGAGGAAACAGAGGCUAAUGAAGAACUAGCCAAGUAUGGAAGACCAAAGUCAACUCCUAACAAGGUCAAAGUUCAACCUGGAGCCUCAGCAUCACUUGAAAGAAUUCCUUUGAAGAAGGAAAGAUUAAUGGUUAUUCCAGAGGUCGAUCAGAGGCGUGAUUAUGCACACUUUGUGUUACAACAAAGACUUAGUAACAUUGAUGUAAGACACAAAAAUGAUGUCAUGAAACUGUACUUACCAUAUAUACAAAGUACAUAAGAAAGACAUGGCAGUUAUAAAUGAGGGUCUGGGUGGAAUUUACAGAUUUAUAGAUAUCAUGAAACUUUACCUACCAUAUAUACAAAGUACAUAGGAAAGACAUAACAGUUAUAAAUGAUGGUCUGGUGGAAUUUACAGAUUUAUAGAGAAUAAAGGGGUGCUAAAAUGUAGUAAAGAGUAGAAAAUGAUUGACAAAACAAUUAAGAAUUGAAAAAAUGGCCAUAAAAAUUAAAGAAUACAGAGAUGAGGACAUCCCAAUUAGACCCUUAUUUAUUACAGUGACUAUUUUCUAAGGCAAAAGUUUUUAUUUACAUUUUCAGUCCUUAUGUAAGCAAACAAAAGUUGGUUUGUAGCCCACAAAACUAAAGUUACAUUAUAACAGGAAAAAUUAGAAUGUGUUGUUUUUUUUCAACUGUGUUUUCAUUAAGAGCUGUUUUGGUUUUUUGUUUGUUGAUAAUAUUUGUGUUUUUUUUUUGUUUGAUUCAUUUAAGCUUUAUUCAUUCCAUUUAUUGACUAAUGGGGGGAUUUUCAGUGAAACACAACAAAUGUCCAUUUCCAAAAUAAAAUAUAACUAAAAUUAAAAGUAUACGUUAAUUGCUAUUCUUAGAAAAAUUCCCUCCAGACAGGUUAAGUAAAAUCCAUUCCCAAUGAUUUUAUGCACUUUACUUUUGAAAAAAGAUAUUAUUUUAUAAAAUAAUAGUAAAAUAUAAUUUACAUGUUCAAAUUAACUGUGAUACUUUGACACACUGCUGUUUAUAUUUUUUACUUGUUGUUUUUGUUAGGGUAUAUGUUGUCCAUUUGACUUGUCCUUAGAAGUGAUUUUUUUUUUUAAAUAAAUUUACUAAUCCUGACCAUUAUACAUGUUUAUAUGAGAACUUGUUUAACAAAAUGUUAUCUAAUAUUCAGUGUUUAGCUUGUUUUGUAAGUUUAAUUUUUUGUUUGUUUGUAAGAUUCUGGUAGUAUUCUCAAUCUGCAAAAAUUGUUACCCAUGAAAACUAAUGAAUCCACAGAAAGUUAUUUUCUCUAAGUUCACAAUGAAAAAUAAAACAUGCUGAUUUAAUUGCAAAGAACUGAAUCUUAAAUUAAAAAAAAGUUAAAAGACAAUUCUGUGUUCCAGUAUAUCUGUGAUACACUUAACCAAAAUUUUUAAAAUUUUUUAAAAAUUGUGACAAUAAGGCUGGUAGAUGGCAAUAAAUGUCUGGUACAUCACAUCUUGAGAACCCUGAUAUCACCAUAAACACCUCAUACUUAGGAUGACAGGUAUUUCCACUUCUUUUUUAAGGAUGUACUUAGUUGAAUUAAAAAAUCUAGAAUUUAAAAUUGAUACUAUAAGUCAGAAGAGCAUUAGUUAAGGAACAAAAUAAGCUAAUAAUAUUGAUAGGCUAUGGAGCUUCUUUUCGAGAUAGUUAAUUUAAAAAAAAAUGGCGGGAAAGGCUGACUCGUACUUUUACCUUAUAUUUGCAUUGGUAUUAUUUGGGUCUCAAAUCGAAAGAAAAGAAAUCUAGAAUCUGCUUAAAUUUUGGUUAAUGACCUUUUAUGAGCUAUUGAAGUCUUAUAUGAAAAAAAAAUGGGGUGUUAUGGGGCAAAAUAUUUUACCCUGUAUCGUAGGCAAAAAAUGAAGGAGUCCGAACAUCUGACAAAAAUUCCUAAACCUGACCCAAGUACAUCCUUAAAGCCAGAUUUUGAUAAAACAUCAUUUAAAUGCAUGUUUUGAGUAGCUGACGUAUACUAUGGACACAAAAAUGACACUUAAAAUUGAAUUAAAUAACUAGUAUUUGUUUAUACCCACCUACAAUAGUAGGGGUGACAUUUAUAAGUGUUCCGGUCUGUGUGUCCAUCUCAUAUCUGGUUAAAGUUUUUAUUAAGGUAGUCUUCUAUAAAGUUGUGUAUGCAUCAACAUGAAACUUAGCACACAUGUCCAAAAUGAUGUGAACUUUUUAAAAUGUAUUCAAAAUUUAAAGGGGUUUUGAACAAGAUUUCACAGAUCCCUCAACAUGGAAAUGCAGAGGGAGAUUAAGGGAGGUGGGUGUUGGGCCCCAACCUAAUGAAGCUACAUAUAUGGUUAAUGCAUAGACUUUUACUUGUCCCAUUCCUAACAUUUCUUAGUAUGGGGCCCCUUUCUUCAAGAUCCUGGAUCCACAUCUGAAAUGAGAUAGUCCCAUGGACAUAUACUCUAGUUUAAUUUGUCUUUGUUUCAUUCACUUGUUUUUUGUUCUAAUAUAGGAACUAACUAUAAGUAUUAUUUUUUUGUUUAGUUUUGUUUUGUAAAGUUUAAUUUCUACUACUGUUAUCUUUAUAAAAUGAUUUAUUUUUUACAUGACACAUUGCGAUAUAAAAGUAUACUGAAACUU